AACGAUAGGUUAUAUAUUAUUGAUAACUGUUAAAUAAUUAAUAGAUUGUAAUGCUUGGAAUUCAAGUAGCAUUAAUGAAGUAUUUUGAAACCCUUGAAGAAACGUCGAGCCGUUGGGUUCUUAAACAAGACUCUCUCAAUAUAUUGAUGCACUUGGAACUUUAUUUCCAUACAACCAAAUAUAUCAUUUCAUUUAUUUAACAUUUUUCCACCUGGAAAAGCGAUCCCAGAACUCCGAAUGGACCCCCUGCAGGGCCUGCCCACCCCCGGCGGGCUGCGCUGUCGCUCGGACAGCCAGGACAGCGCUGCCUCCCGCUCCUCGGAGGUCCGGGCCGUGCUGCGGCAGCGCGUGGUGCAGCUCUUGGCCUGCGUGGAGGACCUGAGCUCCGACGAGGAGGUCCAGGAGGAGGUGUCCCGCACCCUGGACGAGGCCUUCCUGCUGUGCAGCAAGUGGAGCGUCCGCGAGGAGGACUACUUCAGGCUGCACAUGGUCACGUGGAAUGUUGGCACAGCCCCGCCCCCUGAUGAUGUCAGCUCUUUGCUGCUGCUGGACUCUGAGGGGCCGGCGCUGGAUGUGUACGUCAUCGGGCUGCAGGAGGUGAACUCCAAGGUCCUGAACUUCAUCAGCGACAUGACCUUCGACGACCCCUGGAGUUCUUUCUUCAUGGACACGCUCGCCCCGCUCGGAUACAUCAAGCUGACCUCCAUCCGAAUGCAGGGUCUCCUGCUGCUCGUCUUUGCAAAGCACUGCCACGUCCCUUUUAUAAGAGACAUCCAGGCCAGCUACACGCGCACUGGCCUCUACGGCUACUGGGGGAAUAAAGGAGGCGUUUCUGUGCGCAUGUCGUUCUUCGGGCACCUGAUCUGCUUUCUGAACUGCCACCUCGCAGCACACAUGGAGUACGCCAGCCAGAGACUCGACGACUUCGAGCACAUCCUGGAGACGCAGGAGUUUGAGACGGAGACGGCACCGAGGAUCCUCGACCACAAGGUGCUCUUCUGGUUCGGAGACUUGAACUUCCGCAUCGCUGAUCACGGCAUGCACUUCCUGAGAGAGGCCAUCAACAACAAACGCUUCCACCUGCUCUGGGAGAAAGACCAGUUAAACAUGGCCAAGAAGAAGGAGGCUUUUCUGAAGGAUUUCCAGGAGGGGCCUCUCCGAUUCAAACCUACCUACAAGUACGACCUGCACUCGGACAACUACGACUCCAGGGAGCAGAGGACGUGGUUGAGUUUUCACGGGAAGAAACGCAAGCCAGCCUGGACAGACCGGAUACUGUGGAGGGUGAAGGGCGACGCCCCCGAUGCACCAGAGCAGGAGGCGGAGCCAGAGGAGGAGCUAGCGGAACCCAAAGAGCAAGAGCCGUCUGUCCGGGUGACGCUGGAGAGCUACGCCAGUCACAUGAGCUACGGCAUCAGUGAUCACAAACCAGUCACCGGAACCUUCAGCCUGGAGCUGAAGAAGCUGCACACCACCCCCCUGGUGAUCAUUCACGCGGAGGGGGAGUGGAGCGCGGACUGGGACGCCCUCGUGACCUACAGCACGCAGGAACCCUUCCCCAGCAGCACCUGGGACUGGAUCGGCCUCUACAAGGUGGGGUUCAGGAGUCACAUGGACUACGUCUCGUACAUGUGGGUCAAGGAUGAUGAAGUGUCCUGCACUGAUGAAGUCGUUCAGGUGUAUGUGAGCAGGGAGGAGAUCCCGGUUCUGGGGGGAGAGUUCUUGCUGUGCUACUUCAGCAGUAACCUGCAGAGUAUCGUCGGAAUGAGCCCCCCUUUCCAGAUCACCCGGUCGAAGUCCGCCCCCCCGGAGGGCGUGACCCCUGAGAGCUUGAACGGAAUGGACAGGCCUGACGAGUUCUGAGAGCCCCGCCUCUUUGUGAUUGGCUGCCUGAGGAGACACGCUCACUCCGCGGCCGUGCCUCACCGGCCCGGUUUUUAAAGUCUUUGCCCUGCUCGUUUUUAAACUCUUGUGUUGAGCCCCCUUUAAACACAGAGCUGGAUUCAGUUCAAUACAUAAACCAGGGCUUUUUCCAAUGUAGUUUACAAACUGAUAGGGCAGCACACCACACACUUGGGUCUAAAUGCUCCAACAAGUACCUUUAGCAGGUACUAGUGCACACAUUGGCUUGGUGGCCAGUGAAGCAGCUGUAUGUAGUGCUUAUUAGAUCUGUUGUAUGAUUGGCUUAUAACACUGCAAUAGACACUGCACUGUUUCUAUAUGGGGGUCUGUUAUUCCAAUGGAAUAAUUAGACAGAACUGAUAAAAUGCAAAUGCAGUGACAUCACGCACACAUCUUCCUAUAUGCAGUCACAUGACCUUUAGUGUAUUCUGUACUGUUUUAUUAUUUUAAAAAUGUUUUAAGUAUUUGACCUCGCCAGAUUUAUUUUUCAAAACCCUGAAAUGAUGCCGGAGAAAUUCUAUGGGCACGUUCUAAUUAGAUAGAUCCCUGAUUUAUGUAAAUCUGUUCUACUGACGGGUAUAUUUCUAACAGCAACGUCAGCGUUGUACAGUUUUUUUUUAAAUAGGACCUUGCACUGAACAGCGAGCCUAAAAUUCAGUAAAUAAUGACGUGACUCUAGAUCUGGACCAGUUCUUCCUGUACUGUAUAUUAGGGCAUGUUCUAAUGAUUCUAAUUUUUUUUGUUGGAGUAAUCCUAAGGGUAGUGGGCACUUUACAGUCCAAGCCCCUGCUGAUAUAGGGAAGAAGGAUCUGUCAACUUAUUAAUUGCUCUUCCUUCAGUGCGUUCCAGUUCGUUGUGUGUAUUUAAUGAGAUAUAAGAGAGACUGGACAGCAGGGGGAGAAGCUACGAACUGCACCACUCUCUCCAUUCAACUGUGCAUCACUCAGAGAGGAGCAGUCAGUCCUGGCUUAAUUCUAGUUACACUUACAGCAGAACCAGGCAAUAUCCUGGAAGAACCCACAGGAAGUGGCGUUUGCCUCAGUGUUGUCGUUUUUUAAUGUUGUAUUUGAUCCUUUUUAUAAGUUCUAACACAAUCACAAAAAAAGUGAAAAUGACAGCAAUAUGAUAACCCCCCAUGCAGCCCACGAACCCCCCCCCCCGCAACGCCCCCACGCAGCCCUGGCCAUAUCCAGCACUGGCUUCAAUACAAGUACAGGGGCUUCUGUCAUAGGUCAAUGCCAAGGUCUGGUGAUAAUAUCGUUUUAACCCUGUUGGUUAUUUUUAAAUAUACACAUGACUGCUCUAGCGUAGUGUAAAUGCUGUUAAGAUGUGCAAAGCUGAUUCCCUUUUCCUGUAAUUUUCAUAGUGAAAUAAAUACAUGUUGUUGUUGUUAUUAUUAUUAAUAAACAUAUAUCAAUAUUUCUA